AUGGAUGUAUCUAACAUAGAUGGCAACAAUGUUGUUGCUGGAAAAGCCGGCGAUGCUAGAGAAAUGGAUAGUUUCAAGCUUAGCGUUGAUGAGCUACUGAUGAAAGUUGACAAUCUCGAGCAAAGAGUGAAAGAUGUUGAGCAGACCCUAAACAAUACGAUGUCAUUCCCCAGCACUUCAGCAACGAAGGAUAAAGAUAAGGAAAGACCUGCUCCCAGCUUUAAGAAGCUACAACAGGAUGCCUCACGAAGAGAGGCAGCUGCUGCUAAGAGAAUGCAAGACCUCAUGCGCCAAUUUGGGUCAAUACUACGUCAGAUAACACAGCACAAGUGCGCAUGGCCAUUUAUGCAGCCUGUUGAUGUUGAAGGGCUUGGGUUGGAUGAUUAUUACGAGGUGAUUGACAGGCCUAUGGAUUUUAGCACGAUAAAAAACCAAAUGGAGGCAAAGGAUGGUACAGGAUACAGGCAUGUUCGUGACAUAUGUGCAGAUGUGAGGUUGAUUUUCCAAAAUGCAAUGAAUUACAAUGAGGAAAAGAGUAAUGUCUACAAGAUGGCAAAAACAUUACUGGGGAAGUUUGAAGAGAAGUGGCUACAGUUGCUCCCAAAAGUCAACGAAGAGGAAAAGAGACGUGAAGAUGAGGAAGCAGAGGCACAAUCUAAUAUGCGGCUUGCUCAGCAAGCUGUACAUGCCAAAACAGCCAGAGAUUUAAGCAAUGAGCUUUAUGAAGUUGAUUCACAGUUGGAAGAACUAAGGGGGAUUAUAGUAAAAAAAUGCAGAAAACUGUCUGUUGAGGAGAAAAGAAACAUUGGAAUAGCUCUGAGUAAGUUAGCUCCCGAAGAUCUUAGUAAGGCACUGAACAUAGUUGCUCAAGACAACUCAAAUUUCCAUCUGACAGAUGAGGACUUGGACCUUGAUAUCGAUGCUCAGAGUGAAUCCACACUAUGGAGGCUAAAAUUCUUCCUGAAGGAUGUGCUGAGCACCCAGGACACAGGUUCAAGGAGAGCAGACGACAUUAAUGCAAACAACAAGAAUGCCACCACUAAUCCAAAGAACAAUGCUAUGUCCAAAAGGAAAAAAGAGAUUUCAGAUACUGUUGCCAAGACUGCCAAGAAAAGACUUAGCAUGAAGCUAGAGAGAGAUGUAGCAUCACCAGUGCACAUUAACGUAGGAAGUACAACCCCCAGAUCAAUCAAAGGUCUUAUGGAGGAUCCAAACCGCAACCUGAAGCAAAACCCAGAUGCUAAUGAGCUUCCGGAGGCGGAUUCUUUGCCUGAUGGGUUCGUGGAGAGCUCCUCCCCGGACCAGUUGGUUUCAGAAACUGCAAAACCUCAAGAAGAAGAAGACCCGGACGAGAAUGAUUAUAAAGAGGAGAAGUUAGUUGACCCCAGUUUGAGGCCACGAUCAGUGGUUGCUGAAGAAUGUCAAAGUUCGGAAAAAACUAAUACUGAAGUCUUGGGCCCUCAAGUUGAAGAUGUGAAGGAGAUAUCUUCAUUAGGCAAUACAGAAAACAACAAAAAAGCAGAGGCACCUGAAGGGAAACGCAAGAAUGCCAAACGCACGUUCAAAACAGAGAAAGAGUUUUUGGAGUUCACUUUAAAGUAUCAACAGGUUCUUGCUGAAAGAGAUUCUGCCAUUGCCGUUCGAGAUAAGCUGGAGUCUCUCUGUCGGGAAUUGCAACGUCAAAACAAAAUCCUGAUGGAUGAAUGUAAACGUGUGUCCACAGAGGGUCAGAAUUUGAGGUUGGAUCUAUCAAACAAGUUCCAAGAUGCCAUUAAGGAAGUGAGUGUUAAGCUGGAUGAGCAAAAAGACGAAUGUUUGUCCCAGUUGAAAGAGAAUGAGAUGCUCAGACACAAACUGAAAGAACUUGCUGAUCAAUACGCACUUUCUGAACAGCAGCAUGCUCAGAAGUUGAAGCAGAAGAAUCUUGAACUUCAGAUUGCUGAUCUGAAGCUUAAGCAGCAUGAGGAAAAAUUGAUCCAGGAACAGUCCCAGAUGAAACUGUAUGCUGAGCAAGUCUCACAAUUAUUAGCAACUGAAAAGAAUUUGAGAUUGCAGCUGACUGCUGAUGGAGAAAAAUUUCAACAAUUUCAGGAAGCAUUGCUGAAAAGCAAUGAGGUCUUUGAAACAUUCAAGCAAGAGAUUGAAAAGAUGGCAAAAUCGCUCAAGGAACUUAAAAAGGAGAACACAUUCUUGAAGGGCAAGUGCGAGAAAUCGGAUAUUUCUCUGAUAGAGCUUGUUGAGGAGCGCGAGCACCUGAAGAAACAGCUGGAGAGAACGCGGAAUCAGAAAGAAAAACUCGAGGCAUUGUGCAGGUCACUCCAAGCCGAAAGGAAAGCAAAUUCAACUGCCGUGAGCUCAACAGAUACAGUUGCUGUUUAG